AUGCGCUUCCCCCCUUCUUCUCUGGGCCGCGAGAAACGCCCGGAACGGCCCCGAGCCGCCGGCAAAAAGCCCGGAACGAAUCGCUCGGGAUGGAAUUCCUCACGCCAAGGGCGGGGAGGGAAGAGCGGCGCCGUCAGUUUGGGUCGAUUUGGGCCAAUUUGGGUUAAUUUGGGCCAAUUUGGGUCAAUUUGGGCUGAUUUAGGUCAAUUUGGGCCAAUUUGGGUCAAUUUGGGCCAAUUUAGGUCAAUCCAGGCUCGAUUUGGGUCAAUUUGGGCCGAUUUCGGUCAAUUUGGGCUCAAUUUGGGCCAAUUUCGGUCAAUCUGGGCUCAAUUUGGGUCAAUUUGGGCCAAUUUCGCUCACUCCAGGCUCAUUUUGGGUCAAUCCAAGGCCGAUUUGGGUCAAUUUGAGCCGAUUUCGCUCACUCCAGGCUCCAUUUGGGCCGAUUCCCCUCCGAUCUCCGUCCAACCUCCCCAGCCCCGCAUCACCACCCCGUCGCCAUCCCCCUGCCCCUCCUCAGGACGAUGCCGAGGGCGGCGCGGGCGCGUCCGGCCGAGCGGGUACCGGCUGCGUUUCCGGCGGCUGCGGCGCGCGGCGCGGGCGCUGGUGCUGGAGAACGGCGCGCUCUGCGACGAGGUGGCGCGGCUCGAGGCCAAGUGGCUACGGGCCCGCGAGGAGCGGCGCUUCCUGCUCGCCCGCCUGCUGCGGCUCCGCGCCAGCGACGCCAACGACGCCAACAACGCCAACAACAACGCCAACGCCGAGGCGCCGAGGAGGCCGCGCCGAGCCAGGGACGGAGCCCGGACGGCCGCGGGCAGAGCGAGGCCGGGCAGGGAUGGGCAGCGAGAGGCCGCAGCCAAGGACGGCCCCAGGGCGGCUGCGGCAAGGGAGGAAGCGUGGGCGAGCGGGCAGAGGCCGGCCGAUGCCACGUGGGCAAGCGGGCAGAGAUCGGCCGAUGCCCCGUGGGCGAGCGGGCAGAGAUCGGCCGAUGCCCCGUGGGCGAGCGGGCCCCAGGCCGGCCGGACCGCGGCCCGCAGGACGGCGCCGCGCCGAGGCCCAACGGGGUCCGAGCGGCCGAAGAGGCGCGGACGGCGCGGGAGGAGCUCCGGCCCAACGGGGCCGGCCCGAGAGCCCCCGAGGAGGCCGCGGGGCCAGCGGGCAGCGGGCAGCGGGCGGCCCAGCGGCGCCGGCCCUCGGGUGACCCUCGGACCAUCCCUGACCAUCCCCAGUGACCCUCGGACCAUCCUUGACCACUCCCAGUGA